CGAACUUCGAUAUCGAACCAUCGCACUCGAGCUCUCGAACUCUCAUAAUAUAUAACGACGUCCUGUUUACUCGUAUCCAAUCCUUAAGUGUUAUCUGUCCACUGUCAUCUUGGACAGAUUUCCAGUAUUAGAAAGGGCUGCAGUUAUUAACGUCCUCAGUCACUCAGGCUCAGGGGUUAUCCUUUUUCCGAACGCAUAUAAGCAUCUUCUCAAACUCUUCUUUCCUCUAACAUGCUUUUCAACGAGGCAGCGUGUUUCAGUAUGCGAGUGCCGAAGGAAACCAUUCAGAUAUGGUUGACUCAUGGAGGCAGAAUCUAUCCUGGAGGAACCACCACUGUCGCGUCUUACUUUUUUGCCGUCAGUCGCGAAGACGAGUGGACAAGCAUACUUUGCAGAAGAUCGGUAGUGGUGAUACAUGUGGGCUGGAUUUUGCACUGCGUCGCGCAUUCGUUUCGUGUUCCCAUUGUGGGCUACAUACUUGAUGAUGGCUUUGAUGCUGGGCUGCCUUUCAGUCGUAUGGGAAUCCAAGAUCACAUACUCGCCUCCGUAGUAUCCCCUCGAUAUCCACAACGGGUAUCUCGCCCUUUUGUGCCGCGGAGUCAGCCACAAACACCUCUCUGCAUCCUGCCGAACGUCCUCCAGAAGCGAAAGCGCCAGAGAGACAGCCCCGCCUACCCCAACGCACUGCAUAGUGAAUCAGGAGACAGUCUCCCGCGACGUCCACGUAAACGCCAUAUGCUCUCGGAGCUAUCAUCAUCAUCAUCAGCAGAAAGUUUAUCCGACAUUGCGAUUACAGAAGUACACAUCUCCGCAGUCACUAAACGUAACCACGACGCUAGAUCAACUCAUGUUGUUACACCCGAUAUAUGCGUUGCAAAUACUCCUCCCGAUAAUCACGCGUCAUCCGCUCCCCGUCACCUUACCCCAUCCUUCAAAGCUAUGUCAAAAUACAAAUCUCAGGUGUCAUCAUUCCACGGGUCUCCGCGAAAUGAUCAGGGGCAUGAGAAGGCUGGUGACCUCAACUUGAAUUACGCCUAUGAACGUACCUCUGAAUUUACUAUCACCGCGAACGGUACCAGUCCUGUUGCGUGUCCGAAGGACUCUCCUCCUGUACCGGCGAUCGACUUCACCCGACUGCAAUUUCCUUCCAGGAACAGUUUGCGCUUUCCUCUUCUACGUUUAGAACCAGUCACUACAGCUGCCAAAGUCGGGAGCAGGGGGGAUGGUGAAAAUUCUGCUAGGCCGCCGGCAGCCUCAAAUCACACUCCCAACCGGUUUGCGCAGGAUGUGCCUUCAGCUACACAGCAACCAGGCAAGUUGGCGGCGCCAGGAGCUUGCAGUAGCAGAAAUCAUGAAGAUACGGAAGCCGCAUUGCCCGUCACACGCCAAGACACACACGACACGGUGACAUAUCACAUGGAUCAACUUAUACGGACGAGAAAACGUGCUACAGGUCGCGAUGACGUUCGAUUUGCAGCGCUAUGGGAGAGCAAUGCGAUGUGGAAGGGUAUGAGAUUUUGGCAUGAAGACCUGAAAAAGCCGACGUGGAAUGCGGAUGCAGAUAUGCAGUAUCAUAGGAGAUUUUAAAUGUGCAUUCAUGUCGACCUCGACCUCGCUUCGUCGAGCCAAGGAGACUUGCAAUUUGUUAUUAGCUGUACCACCUAUGCCGGAAGCUUUAUAAAUUCCGGAGAUGAAGGA